AUGUUUCGAGUGCCCUCGUCGACGCCGCCCUCGACCCCCGGCCGCUCCUCGCGCUUCAACGGGCCCACGACGACGCCCGCAGGCCCGCCGCCCGACGAGUCCUACCGCGCCUACGACGUUGACAAGCCCUACUACGGUAGCUUCCCAGAGAGCUCCCCGCCGCGACACGGCCUGUUUGAGGGCACUGGCUCAGGAAAUAUAGGUACCACCACCUUUGGCAGGCCCGGCUCCGGCCAGCGCAGCCGCCCUACCAGCCGCCCGGCCAGCGGCGCCUUUGGCAACAGCUUCCACCUCCCCAGCAGCCCCCCGCACCAGCCACUGCACCGAGACGACGAGCGGGAACACCACGAUGAUGACCACAUGGACGGCGAAGAGGGGGAGGAGGAGGAGGAGGAGGAGGAGGAAGACGACGACGAUGAUAUGGACGACGACGACGACAACAACGACUACUACGAGCAGGACCAGCUGGCCGCACAGCGCCGCCCAAAGACAAACAGCCGCCUGUCGCACUCGGUCGUCUCCCGCACAAGUACCACCGACCUCGAGCCCGGGCCCACGCUCGUCCGACCAGGCGCAAAGCAGACGCAGUUCGACCUCGUCGCCCUGGCAAAGGGCCUCGCACCCAACGCCGACCGCGCCGACCGCGCCGCCCUGCAAGAGCCGGACAGCGUGAUACUCGACACGGAGCGCGUGCUGCAGCGAGUACACGACUCCCUCCACUCCGACACCCCCGACACACGAGCAGGCGUCCUCGGAGAGGCCGCGCGCGACCUGGUAGCCCUGUGGCACUCGGCCGCCAACACCUCCUCCAACUCGAGCCUGUCGUCCAGCCGCUCGGGAGGCUCAGUGGGCCUGUCCCACGCCAGCCGCCUAGCCAGCCUGCUGCUCAACAUCCACCACCCGCCCCCCGUCGGCCACAGCCAGCGCACCUCUGCACUCUCCCUCGUCCCGCGCCCCGACUCACAGCAGUACACGCCCGUGCCCAAGCUCCUGCUCCACUGGCUGAACCACACCUACUCGGCCGUCUCCGAGGUCGAGCUGGUCCUGAAGGAGACACGCGGCUACUCGAGACACCACUCGUUCUGGGAGGCCGUCCAGGCUUCGGCUGUCCGUGGCAACUUCGGUCACACCCUGCAGCUGCUGCAGGGCGCCAGCCUCGACGUGGCAGAGUCAGCACAGAACGACGGCCUUGGCGACCACGGAUACACGGGCUCGCAUCUCAGAUACGCAAACGAGGCCGUUCGCUCGGCCAUCAGCCUCCUACGCGAGUGUCCCGCUGUCGCCUCCGACGACUGGGACGUCAAGGGCCAGGACUGGAGCAUCUUCCGUUCGCGCGUACACCACGUCUACAACGACCUCCAAGAACUCGCAGAGGGAGACAGCGUAAGCCGGCACGGCGUAUCGCAGCCCUUCCAGGCACCCCACUUCGGCAUCUCUCACUCCCAGGCAAGCUUCCAGCUCAGCGUGUCGAGCCGCAAAGCCGAGAGCAGGGUCCCAUGGUCCGUCUACGAAGAACUGCGCAGGCUGUACCAGCUCCUGCUCGGCAACGAAGAGGAGAUUCUCGCAAUCUCGGCAGACUGGAUCGAGGCCGUCCUGGGGCUGACCAUUUGGUGGGACGGCGAAGAGGACGACCUCGCACACGGCAGCUUUGCCGCCAGCCGCCGAUCGCUGAUGCGAUCCCAGCGCCUUCGCUCUGUGGAUGUCACGCCACUCACCGCAUACUGCCAGCGCCUGUCCUCCUCGUUUGCUGCCGUGGUGCAGAACAGCGACGAGGAGUUCAGCGUCAAUGUCACGGACCGCUUCGAAGUCGGUCUUGCCUGCGUCCUCGACGACAACAUCGAGGGCGUCUUGCACAUUCUCCGCGCAUGCUCGCUUACGGCCGCCUCGGCCGUCGCCGAGGUGGCCAGCGCUGGGGGGUGGUACAAGCCAACACGCGGCCUUGUCGGCGGAUUUGAUCGCAGCGAUCUCAUGGUCCUGAGCUACAACGAACAGACCCGCACCGGCGCCACCAAAGACGACCUGCAGAUCGCCUACGCCAGCGCCCUGUCGACCAAGCGCACAAUCACAAGCCACGACGGGCGGACAUCGAAAGAGGGCUGGGAGCUCGCCGUGCAGGUGCUGUCAAGACUCGACGACAGCUUCACAGCGAGUCAACGGAUGGAAAGCAUCAUCAACGACCUCCCGCUAGACUCGGCCGAUCAAGUCGACAAAAUCACCCAGCUAUGCCACAACAUGAACCUCCAGUCCCAGGCCGUCAGCAUUGCCUUGAAAUUCGCCGACCACCUCCGCGCGAACACGCAAAACUACGGCGACACCCUCCUCUACUACGCACGCGCCCACAACACCUCCAAGAUCCAAGAGGUCCUCCGCGUCCUCGUCGCUCACUGCCUCAUCAAAUCGAUCGCCUACCCGCCCCUUGUCGACCUCGACACCUCCCUCAACUCGCUCAUCACCUCGCCCAAGCAGACGCUCACCAAACUCGCCACCCAGGACGCGGAAGCAGCCUCGAUCCUGUCCAGCCAGCUCAGCGGCUACGCUACCAUCCGCAAGUUCUACGACCUGCGCGACGAAGAAGUGCUGCUCAAGCAGGGCGACAAGCCAAGCCACCGGCCCAUGGCUCGGAAACGCGCCGCCGCAAACGCCCUCAUGGUCAUCAUCUCGAGCGCCGCGUCGAGCAUCCAGGGCGGCCUGUACGACGCCGAGAUGGAGACGGUCGUCCAGGUCGACGUGCUGCUCCCCCUGCUAGGCGAGGCGCUCGUCUUCAUCAGCCAGCCCAAGCGUACGCUCACUCUCCGCCACCUGUGCGACCUCCUCGCCGUCAUCGAGGACUUUGAAACCACAGGCGCCCUCCUCCACAACCAGUGCGAGGAGGUCCUGCGCACCACCCUCGCAGCCGCCCACGGCGACCCCAAGCUCCCCACUCCGCACGCCCUCCUGCAGAAAUCCGCCUCCGCCCUCUCCGCCUCGUCGUACUCGCUCAUCGGCAGCCAGGACUUCUCCCAGGACGGCCAGAGCACCGACUCCAGCACCGUCCUGGUCAAGAGCGGGAAGCCAGACGACCCACCGCGUGGCUGGGACUGGCGCAGAGCCUUCCCCAAGGGCGCGACAGGCGGGCAGAUCUUGAGUGUCUUGCGCUUAGGUAUUAGUAGGGAGGUGGCGAGGUGUUUUGCCGAGGGCGAGGUUGUUGCGUAG